AUGACACAACGCAAACUUGCAACACUGGCGGGCACCGGCCUUGCGGCGACCAUGAUGAUGGUGGCGCCCGGUUUCGCCCAGGAGGCGGCCGAAGCCGCCUCGACCGCGCCGUCGGCCGAGGUCCAGUACAUCUUCAACACGCUGCUGUUCCUGAUCGGCGGCUUCCUGGUGAUGUGGAUGGCGGCCGGCUUCGCCAUGCUCGAGGCGGGGCUCGUCCGCUCCAAGAACGUCUCGAUGCAGUCGCUCAAGAACAUCGCGCUCUAUUCGAUCGCCGGCCUGAUGUACUGGAUCGUCGGCUACAACCUGAUGUACGCCAAUGUCGAUGGCGGCUUCAUCGGCUCGUUCGGACCCUAUUCGUUCGAUCCGGUCGGAGGCGAUGCGCUCGACACGGGCUAUUCGACGGCGUCCGACUGGUUCUUCCAGAUGGUGUUCGUGGCGACCGCAGCCUCGAUCGUCUCGGGCACGCUCGCCGAACGCAUCAAGCUGUGGCCGUUCCUGAUCUUCGUGGUCGUGCUGACCGGCUUCAUCUACCCGAUCGCCGGUUCCUGGCAGUGGGGCGGCGGCUGGCUCAGCGAGAUGGGCUUCUCCGACUUCGCCGGCUCGACGCUGGUGCACUCGGUCGGCGGCUGGGCGGCACUCGCCGGCGCGAUCCUGCUGGGCGCUCGUACCGGCAAGUUCGGCGCGGACGGCUCGGUCCAUCCGAUGCCCGGCUCGUCGAUCCCGCUGGCAACGCUUGGCACGUUCAUCCUGUGGCUCGGCUGGUUCGGCUUCAACGGCGCCUCGCAGCUCGCAAUGGGCACGAUCAGCGACGUCACCGACGUCAGCCGUAUCUUCGCCAACACCAACCUGGCUGCCGCUUCGGGUGUCGUGACGACGAUCGUUCUGCUGCAGAUCCUCUACAAGAAGAUCGACACCACGAUGGUCCUCAACGGCGCGCUGGCCGGUCUCGUCUCGAUCACCGCAGAGCCGCUGGCACCGUCGAUCUGGCAGACCGUCAUCAUUGGCGGCAUCGGCGGCGCGAUCGUCGUCUUCACGGUUCCGCUGCUCGACAAGCUGAAGAUCGACGACGUGGUCGGCGCCAUCCCGGUUCACCUGUUCGCAGGCAUCUGGGGCACGCUGAUCGUGCCGUUCUCGAACGGCGACGCGAGCUACGGCGUGCAGCUUAUCGGCAUCCUGGCCUAUGGCGUGUUCACGCUGGUCGCCUCUUUCGUGGUCUGGUUCAUCCUGAAGGCCGCGAUGGGCAUCCGCGCCAGCGAGGAAGAAGAGAUGAUGGGCCUGGACAUGUCGGAAACCGGCGUCGAGGGCUAUCCGGAGUUCACACGCGGCUAA